AUGCCCGGACCCCGACAGGCCUCCAGCUGCAAACCCCCGUUUGUCUUGCCUGAUCGCCCGGCCAUUGGUGCUGUCGCGGAGCCUGCAUCUGCUAUCCGUCCGUGGCUUGGCCUGUCCUAUUCAGAGCAAACCCUGGCUCUCGGCUGUGGCUCGUGUGCCCAAUCCUGUGUAAUGCAGCAGGCCAUCAUCAUGUCGUCGCAGCCGCCGUCGCUGGCAGCAGCAGCGAUGCCUGUCGUCGCCACAGCGUCUACCUCAGCCUCUGCUUCUGCCUCUGCCUCUUCUACUUCACCGCAGAUUCCAUCGCCGUCUUCUCCUCCUCAUUCUUCGUCCUCCAGCGAUACCGUCACCUGCGCGCCCUCUGCGUCUUCGCCCUCGCCUGGCACCGCCUCGGCACACGACAGUCACCACCGCGCAAAGGGCCUAGAGCGGCUAGUUCUCAACGCUCCAUGUGUCGCUGCUAUACACGCAUCCAAGCUCCUCGCCUUCCGAGACACGCAUCAGCUGGUACUUGACGGUACUUUGAUUCACUCUUGGCAUGGCGAGGCUCCUCCUCUUAGAACUGGGUACGAGCCAGUACAUGUCAAGACAACUCUUGGCUUCGCCUCCAACCUUAUCCAAUCACCCUUCCAACUAUGUUCCUAA